AUGCAGGUCUGGAAAUCAGAAUCUAUUUUAACUCGUUACUUGCAAUACACAUAUUCAUUAGUGCGUUAUAAAUGUGUUAUUGAUGAUCAAUCAAUGAUCAAUAAUGUCAUAGACAUGUCAUUAUCAUUUCUAUACAUGCUUCCCUCCACCAUGUGUGUGGUGUCCUUCCUUCUGAGUCUUUCCUGUAGCACAGAUAUGGCCUUGGAGCAUUAUCUCUUACCUCAACCAAUGACUGACUGGUGCUCUCUACCAGUGUUUAAUAACACCACAGUAAUGGAAGGCUGCAGGGUACAGUUUUGCUGCUUUUCAACUGUAACACCAGUGUCACACUAUACACUCUUAUGUUACACUAGGGAAAUUGGGUUUCCAUAGCUAGGGCUGACAGUGAGGACUUGUGAAGAGCAGAAUCAACUACCUCUGCAUCAUCAAAACAGUUGCUUUGUGAGAAGGUGUUAAAGUUCAUAGUUAACCAUUGUUAUGUAAAUGAAGCUUUAAAGUACCGGUGGCCUGGCUUUGGCCCCAAGUGAGAGCGGGUCCGCCAGAGCCAUGAGACACGUGUAGAUGGAAACAGAAAAGUCUGAGCCUUUUGGGUAAAACAGUGGGGUAAAUCCUGUAUGGAAAUGUGCAACAUAUUUAUGUGCCCCUUUCAGAUUCUCUCCUAGAAUUUAGGGCACUAUUUCCAUCACCCGAGCCGUUCGGCAUACUGUAUUGAGCUGGAUGAGUCAGACCUCCACACUAUUGUGAAGGACAAUGCACAUGGCAGACCGUUCAGUGUUUGAUACACCUCCAAGUCCCUGUCUCACUCUGUUUAACAGAGCUCUCUUCUACAGCCAAAUGGUUAAGUUUCCACAGCUGUGAUAACAUCAGGGCAUCGUCUCUGCUGAUUUGGUCUCCUCACUGUGCCUCCAAACAGCACUCUGGCCUGAGACGGAUCAGGGCUGGGAGGUAACACACACAUUGGUGGAGUCAGCUUGCUUAACAAGCGUACUACAAAACAUACAAAGACCUUGGAGGAGUAUUACAAAUGAAAGUUUAACAAAUGACAUCAUUCUAAAGCUGUUAUUUUUUACAGUUGGUGAUUUGUUGUACGGGGGGAAAUGUUUUUUACACAAUAAAAGUCCCUUGCAUACAGUAGGCUUUGUUCUGUUAGCCACAAUACCAGAGUGAAGGGGAUUGAUCUUGAAGUGUUGCCUUGUCACCUUUUAACCUUAAUGUGAUAAGCUGGAUUCAGUGGUGGUUCCCAAACCAUGAGUCAUAUCUGGUCGUGAAGACAUCCUGAGAAUGUUGUUGUGAUGUAACUGAAUGCUAUGGUAACUUGUGUCAUUCAGACUGUGUCAUUCAGACUUCUAUAUUUCUGAUGAUUUGGUGAUGACUUUGAUAUGAUUCAUACAUGGGGUUUCUCACUCCCAUUGUGUAAUUCCAUAACAGUGAUGUCAUUUCCUGCUGGACAAUAUGGGCCAAUCCCGAAAGGCAUCCUAAUGUGUAGUAAAUGAUGUACACUGCUGAGUGCCUCUAAGAUGUAUCAGUCUCUAGUUUGUCCAACUUCCUCUCUGACCAAAAGAGGCAGCGAGUGUUUCCCUGUACAUCCUGUUCCCACAAGCCAUGUUCUAAUAAACUCAGAGCAUGCCGCUGAGAAGCAUCUCCAUAAAGUUGCUCUGAGGGUUGGGUGGAAUGUCUGACUUGAUAUGUGGUGGUGGUACGGCUGCAGAGUGAUCUCAGCUGGUUAGAAUCUUGGUGCAGUGCUGGGGGGGGGGGGGGGGGGGGGGGGGUUUAACCUUAACAUUCAGUUAAAGUUUCUGUAAAAGUGCUCUGUUACACAUUUUGUUCUGAAAUGUUCUUAAAACAUGAAUGGAGGAGUCAGUGUUUAGUCUGUCAGUAUCUAACCUGUUAUCUCUCUCUCCCUGUCUCUCUAGCUGUGUCUGCGGGACUCUGGAGACUGUCUGGUGGACCAGAUGCAGUACAUGAUGAGGUCCCUGCAGGACCUGAAGCACAUGAAAAGGCCGCUCAGCGAGCCCUCCGGCCGUUCCUACGCCAUGACGCGCGCUUGCCAGAAGGGAACGCAGCAGCGGGAGCGCCUGACAUGCCUCCGUAGGCCCAUCUCUGAGGCCAGUGAGGCCAGCACCUAUGACUCAGCUUGCUGCCUGGCCAGCCCCGUGGAGGAGGAAGAAGAGGUGGAGGAGGAAGGGCAGGAGUGGCUAAUGCAGAGCUCCCCCAGCAGUGAGAAGAGUCUGGAGUUUGACUCAGGCUACUCAGAGGCGUCCUGGCAGGAUGAGGGUGUGGUGCUCAGGAGGACCAGGAACGUACGGGUGUCUAACUCCGCCUGCCUCCGAACCAACCGGGGAGUGGGCCCUGCCGACCGGAUCCGGCCCAAGUCCACGUCGGACGCUUGUCUGGAGCGCUGGACGUCGUUUGAGGCAAGCAGCGACCCGGAGGACUGGACCACGUCACUGCUGAGCCGCAGCAGGAACAGACAGCCCCUGGUGCUGGGGGACAACAGCUUCGCUGACCUCAUUAAGAACUGGAUGGACCUGCCAGAGUGUCCCGAGCCAGCAGAACUCAAGCCCCACGCAGGCCGGCGCCUGGCCAAGGACCUCCUGGUUAACAUGAGGAGGAAGCUGGCGGGGAUGUCUAAAAGCGUGGAGAUGAGGGCCAGACCAGCAGACUCCACAAGGCUCAGUAGGGCCUUGGCGGCCCCGAAACGCAUGUCCUGCCCUGUGGGCUUCCAGCCACGCAAACCCUUCUUUCACCAGUCCCACACAGGCCUGCACGAACUAGGAACAGACUUCUACCAGUUCAAUGCUCUCAUGAAGACAGGCAGCCGACAACCUAUCAUAUGCAAUGACAUUAUCGGGUACAUCUGAUCUGAGUGAUGUUACAGCUAUGGACUCCUACCACAGAUUAAUGUACAUUUGUUAAAUGCGCUUUAUGUUGAAAUAAUGUUGAAAUUGUUACAAUAAUAAAAUGUUUUUCUAUUGAAAAGGGA